AUGAUAUUUAUAAGGCAGCUCAGUAGCCAGGUUGAAAGGAAAUCUGUCUCAGUGGUAGGAUCCGGUCCGUCUGGGUUCUACACGGCUUACCAUCUAUUAUCGAAGUCCCCAAUCCCCUUGCAUGUUACCAUAUGGGAGAAGUUGCCGGUGCCGUUUGGGCUUAGCAGAUAUGGUGUGGCGCCAGACCAUCCUGAGGUGAAGAAUUGUGAGGAUACGUUCACUAACUGUGCAGAGCAAUAUAUCAGCGGCGAGAUCAAUGACAAGAAUCCCCUGGGUCAUAAGUUUGAUUUUAUCGGUGGUGUGAAAAUAGGUGAGGAUGUCCCUUUGAAGACAUUGAUAGAUAAUCAGGACGCAGUCAUACUGAGCUAUGGGUGUGGUGGAGAUAAACGGUUAGGUAUACCGGGGGAGACAGAUACUGCAGGAGUUCUAUCAAGCAGAGAAUUUGUCAGUUGGUAUAACGGACACCCAGAUUUUGCCAGUAAAGAGAAACUAAAUUCAUUUGAUUGGUCUCGAGUUAAGAAUGUCGCUAUCAUUGGUAAUGGUAAUGUGGCACUUGAUAUAUCAAGAGUGCUCUUGAGCAACGGAAUCCCAGAGAUAUGGGACAAGACGGAUAUCUCUAAGCAUGCACUAAACAUUUUGAAACAUGCUCCGAUAGAGACUGUAAAGAUGAUUGCCAGAAGAGAUUUUAUCCACUCAAAAUUUACCAACAAGGAGUUCAGAGAGCUCUGGGAACUAGAGAAGUAUGGUAUCAAGGGACACAUAUCAUCUAAAUACUUCAGUGAGGACAUGUUUGAUUUCGAGAAGCAUCAGGGUUCACCUCUAUAUGAUCGGGCGUUUAAGAGAAGAGUGGAGAUGUGCUCUGAAUAUUUGAAGCCGUUUGAUCAAAGGUUGAAGAAAAACUAUAAGAAAUUUCCACCUGUGAAUCCCAUUGGUAAAGAAUGGGAGUUGGAUUAUUUAAAGAGUCCCGUCGAGAUCAUUAAGGAUGAUUCCAGUGGGAAGAUUAAGGGUUUAAAGCUAACAGAAAAUGAAGUCACACAGGAUAACAAGGUCAUCUCGACUGGGAAGACAUUGCAGUACGAAGUUGAUUUAUUGAUUACUUCCUUGGGUUACGGUGGAAUACCUUUACAGGAUUUCAAAACAUUGGACAUUGGGUUCCAUGAUUCUAGAGGCCACAUAAUAAACAACAACGGCAAAGUUCUGGAUAACAAAGGACAAGUCGUGCCACAUCUAUACACAUCUGGAUGGAUACGGAAGGGCAGUCAAGGUGUGAUAGCCAGUACAAUGAUGGAUGCCUUCGAAGUGGGCGACAACGUACUGGCUGAUCUAUACGCUACCCGUGAUACAUAUAAACAUACAGACUUAGCGCAGCUGCUCAGAACGCACAGACACACAACAUGGUUCGACUGGCAACGGAUCGACAAGCACGAACGCGACGCAGGGUCCGCAGAAGGGAGACCUAGAGCCAAGAUAGAGGACAAAGAGGAGAUGUUAGAGUAUGCUCAAUAG